GUACAAUGUUUUAAAUAUGUAUUACACACAACUUUUUUUAAUACAAUUUGCUGAUAGAAAAAGGAUCAAUCCAAAAUGAGACUGAUACGACUGCGAAUCACAUCAAUACACAAAAAACACUUCCAUUUAAUUGCGUUUUACCAAACAUCGUUCCGCGAUUGUUGAUUAGCGAAAGGUGGCUUACUGUUGAAAAUCGCGAACUAGGGAAAUAUGAAACAACCAAUCGAUCUUUUACCCCCUGGUGAAGUAGCACGCAUAAAACAAACGUGGUAAAAGAAGAAAGCGAGAGAAUGGAAGAGAAUGCUGUGAGAUAGUAUGGAAAAAACUGAAACGGAACGUUUUAGUGUACGUGCGUUCGAAAAAUACGGAUACCCACCUCGGGUCAUACGUGACCCCAGUAUAAGGAAGAGGUCAAGUAAGCUGCAGAUUGCUCUUGCAAGGUGGCUUCGCAAUCCGCCAGGCGUUUAUUGUGGAGCGGCGAGUGAGCAAAAAUGUACACAACCACAUGCUCGAAAUUUUUAAAUAACACAACUGCAAAAUUGAUCAUCCGUUUUAGUAGUGACGUUCAUUGAACCCUUGUGUGCCAGUGUCUAGAAAAAUGUUGUCACCUGUUUUAGUAGCCGGGAACGCAACAAAAAAAUCACAUAUACGCACUCACCCGUGUACCGUCGUUAUUGAUCGGCCAUCGUGGAUAAGUUUAGUCGUGUAUCGCAACAGCAUGAUUUUGGUAGAAUUAGUUUUACGCUUCAAUGUCGCCGCAUCAGAGGCGUCAAAACGUGAAAUGCCAUUACUAAAUUGAUUCUUCCGUACUACAUAUUUUGUGCCUAACUUUUAAUGGCUUUCUCGUACGCUCUCUUUUUAUUGUUCUCUCAAUUUAAGCACACACACACGCAGGUCGUUCGCGUCCUUUGCUGCCAGUGCAUCAAAUCAUGCACGCAAUAUAAUAUCAAUCAAAGUAAGCUAGUAAAGUAAAGUUUUCGUGGGAAUGUUGUGUAUACGUGUUGAUAGUUUAGUUGAUUGAUAUUUUCGGACAUUGCUGCGCAUAUUUCUCUAAGUUCUCUUGACCGCUUCUAAAGAUUCUCCAUUAGGAAGGGAAAUUAAAAAUAGGAAAUAAUGAAAUAAUUUUCAGAUUCCAGUGGAUAAGCCGACCGGCAAGCAGUGGUGUGACAACCGUUCGUUUGCCUUCUGACGAUCAGCUGCAAAGGUGCAAUACAUCCAGCAGUGGUGUGGUAGUAGAUAGUAACAGUAGCAACAGAAGUGUCACGUGUGUGUAGUGAGAACGAGCAAGGACACAUCAUCCCUAGACCCAAGUGCCCGUUCCUUAAAAAGCCGGGACUCAACACACAUCGAUCAUUCGAAUAGUACGAGUGUCUCACUCGUUACGGCACAAACGCCGAUCGAUCGUCGUAUGAUCCGGGUGAUCAACUGUUAAGCAAAACCGACCGGGUAACAAAGUGAACGUGCGCGUAAACGAAACCCAACGGCCAUAAGCAUAGUCCCCUGCCGUGCUGUCGCGUUGUACCCGCCACGGUGGGUCGUCGCCUUCCCAAUUUGGCGUUUAUUUUAUUUCUUUAAUUUUGGUUAUUGUUGCGUGCCGCUACGGAUAUCCGCAAGUGCAAGUGCAACGGCACGUGUUACCCUGUGCAGCAGCAUAAGCAGCAGGUCUGGAGUAACGAAAGCGAAGGAAGAAAGAAAACAGAGCGAAGAAGAAGAAGCAACCGGUUUAGAAUUCGCGAGUGAAAACUGCAGCAAAUAGUAGCAGCCACCUACACACGCUAAUCGGCCAAUAGUUGCGGAAGCUGCACUGUGUGCGUGCGCGCUUUUUUAUUUGCGUGUGUACCGAACCGUUGUGUGCACGGCGUAUAAUAGCAGAUUGCUUGGUGCGUGUUCCCUGUGUCGCGUGUGUGCGCGCGUGUGUGUCUGUGUACGUGUACGUGUGCCAUACACAGUAGUAGACGGCUAACAGCCCCCGUCGCACUCUAUUCAUUUUUCCCGUGUGGUGGAUCAGCGGAAAAUUGGUUUUCAUGAUAUCUGCUUGGAUAAAUCCCUAUAAUGAGAAGUGCGGAACUUUAAAAGUUCCCGACUCUUACUCCCAACGGAUCAUGGACAGUUAUCAUGUACAGACGCAUCAGCAGAACAGUUACGGCAACAACUGCUCGAAUGCCACUAGCCGGCAUGGUGCCGGUGCCGGAGCAACGACAACCACGACGCUCUAUACCAAUCCACACGCAUACCCGGUGGCCACGUUCAACUAUGCCACGAUGAGCUACGCCCAUUCGGAGGGUGGUUCCGUAUCGCCACCGCCAUCGCCCCGUUCUAACAGCUCCAUCUCAUCGGCGUACUCGUCCUCAUCGUCUACGGCCGCAUCCCUGUCGGCUUCGUCCGGUUCGUCGUCAUCGUCGUCCGCUUCCUCAACCUCAUCGUCCUCGUCCUGUAUCUCAUCGGCCGGUUCGGAGACGGGUGCAUCCUACGAGCAUCUGGACAUUACCGCCCAACGGUUGGCGGUGCUGUCCUUCGAGCAGGUGAUGAAGCUGAACGACGUCAUGAACGAACCGGUCUCGAUACACGGCCGCGGAAACUUCCCAACGCUCGAGGUAAAGCUGAAGGAUCUGGUGAACAUUGUGCGCGAAAAGCUCGAAACUGAGGUGGUCGCCGGUGGUGCUGGUAUGACGGUAAAGGACAUUCGUCUGAACGGCGGAGCAGCUAGUCAUGUGUUGGCGUCCGAGCCGCAGCCAUACAACGAUCUCGAUCUGAUCUUUGCCGUCGACUUCAGCACAAGCCGAAGUUACGAUCGCGUCAAGUCAGCCGUACUGUCCUCGCUGCUCGACCUAAUGCCGGAGGGUGUGGUGAAGCGCAAGAUAACGCAGUGCUCGCUGAAGGAAGCGUACGUCGGCAAGAUGGUGAAGGUGAACAGUGAUGGCGAUCGCUGGAGUCUCAUCUCGCUCGGCAACUCGCCCGGUCACAAGAAUGUGGAGCUGAAGUUUGUCGACACGAUGCGUCGGCAGUUUGAGUUUAGCGUCGACUCGUUCCAGAUCGUGCUCGAUUCGCUGCUACUGUUUUACGACUGUGCCGAGAUGCCGAUGAUUACCGAGAACUUCUAUCCGACCGUGGUGGGUGAGUCGGUGUACGGUGACUUCCAGGAGGCGCUCUACCAUCUGCAGAAGAAGCUGAUCUCGACGCGCCAACCGGAGGAGAUCCGUGGUGGCGGUCUGCUCAAAUACUGUAACCUGCUGGUGCGAAACUACAUGCCGGUUGAUCCGCAGCGCAUCAAGACGCUCGAGCGGUACAUGUGCUCGCGGUUCUUCAUCGACUUCCCGGACAUUGGGCAGCAGCGCAGCAAGCUGGAGUCGUACUUGAAGAACCAUUUCUUCGACGAGGGCGAGGAACACCUGCAGCACCAGUACCUGAUGCAUUUAUUCGAGGUAGUAGAACAGUCAACCGUGUGUUUGAUGGGGCACGAGCGUCGCCAAACGCUCAUGCUAAUUGAAUCCCUUGCCCUGGAAAUCUUCUACCGUGAUCAGCAGCAGCAACAGCAACAUUCGGCCGGUUUGAUAAGCACGGCCACCGCACCGGGCAAUGUACAGUCAGCGGUCGCUCACACUCAGCAGCAACAGCAUACAACGCUUCAGCUCCAGACGCAAAUGUCUCAUCUGUCGCUGUCACCACAGCAGCUCUCCCCGCAAUCGCCCACACUGAUGGCCCAUUCGCCCAACCACCAUCAUCACCAUCAACACCAGGCACAGUCCCAACAGCAGCAGCAGCAACAAACACAGCAAGCAUCUCCAUCGUGUCCGACCUCGGCACAGCAAGUACAAUCCCAGCAGCAGUCGCAGCAACAGACGCAACAGUCGGCCGCGAUCACCCAGACGCAGACAAUUGCGCUGGCACCGCAACCGGGACUGCUGUACGCGAACGGAAUCUACUACGCACCGCUCAUUCCCUACACCCAGUGUACGUGUAACAGCUGGAUAACGACGUGAUUGGUCAGCCCGCUGCCGUCGGUGGCAGGCCCGAGUAGCAUUAUCAGCAUUGCAGGCACCGACCAUUCGCCGGAGUUAGCCGCCGAAACAUCACCAUCCCUACCAUCCUCCCAGCCAGCACCUUCGCCGUCUCCAUCGCUACUAGCAGUCAACCCGUCAACAGCAGUCGAACCCAUCACACAGGAGUGUCCGUUCGCGUGUACAGUCGCGGGUCGUCUUUCAGCACCACUACUCCCACAGCCGUGCAUGGUGAACGAUGCGAUAUCCUCCGGAAGACAGCAACCCAUCCCAAUCCCAACCCUCUCGUUGUCUGCGGCCGAUUUGCAACCAACAGCAGCAGCAUCUCUGUCGUCAGCCUCACCUACACCGUCAUACGUGUAUGCUGUUGCUGGGGAUCACUGCUACUAUUACUACCCGUGUCAACCGGGACUGUUGCUGGAAGAUGGUGUCGAGCGAUGAUCAUUAUAAUAGCGUAAGUUGCUACGUCCUUGCGGUGGCUGUGGCUGUGAAGAGCGAAAAAAGAAUCCGAGAGAACAUGCGUAAGCCACACCAAUACAAAUCACUAGACAAGGAUGCAUUACAGGUCGCAAGGGAAGCGAAUUUUCCCAAUGUUUUUUUUUUUUGUUGGUCUCUCUGUUUUACAUUCUGAUGAAAUACCAUCCCUUAUCGAUGUUAAUGUAUGGUCACACGUGUAACGGUUGGGGUCGCAGGUUCACAGUAACGAUUCAAUGCGUGCUUGCAGUGCUGCAAUUGCGUCUUGAACGCCAUCGUUCGGUACCGCCCAGCCGACUCAUAUGAGGAAAACUAAAAACCCAACACACAAAAAGCGUAAAAAAGUCAGUGGCGAUGGCAAAAGUUUUAACAAUAUUUACCGAAGAUUAAAUGAAAGCUAAUGGAGAAAAUUAAGAUGCAAACACAACAAAAAAAAAACAAAAAGUCAUAAGAUCUAGUGGAAAAAGGAUGAAAGAGGGAAAGGAAGAACACUUAAAAAGAAGAUGAAAAAACACUUGUAGUACAAGAAAGAAUUAUAUUGCGUAGCGUGCAAAUUUCAAAUAUCUGUAUAAUUAAAGGGAAAACAAACAGUGAAAAUAUAAAUUUGAAGUAUUUUACGAAAAUGCAUCAAUCAGGCAAGCGAACAAUAAUUAAAAAAUGAACGAAAAACAAGAUCAUAAAAAUACACCAAAAACAAAACAAAAACACAACAACAGAUUCGCAAACGAUUCUCCCACCCAGGUUAUCGGUUUUCGCACGUGGACAAAACAUGUUUUGUUAAUUUAAUUUUUCCACCUUUAGAGUAGUGUAUUUUGCCACCCUGUUCUUAAGGUAAUGUGAUUUAUUGUUUUAUUUUUUCAUUUACAAAACCUCUCCAGAACUAUCAGCUGGAGGCAAUGUCGUGUCAAUAUACUGACGCUCUAGUGUUGUUGGCGUUUGCAAUGUAUGUGGGCGUGUGUGUAAUAGUUGGGGUUCUUUGUGGUUCUUCAAUUACAAACACCAAUCCUUGCUUAUAUAUUAAUUUUUUUUCGGGAUUUCCCCGAUUUGUUUCUGAGGGAGAAAAUAACCGUUCGGUGAGAAGGGGGUAGUUAUGGUCACUGUGAUUUUAACGCAAAGCGCGAAAGCAGAGAACAGUUUGGUGUGCAUUUGUUUGUGUACAGGGGCACACGCGAACACGGGAGACAAUCGAACCGGGCAAACCACUUAACGAUAACAAGCAAUUCAUCCCACAAAGGCACUUGCGCGGGAACGUGUUCAUUUCGAUGUAACUGAUGGUGUGUAUGUCCGUGCAUGCGUGAGUUUGUGUAGUGUCUAUUUCCGGUGUGCUAGUCUUUUCAUUAAAUAUGUAGUUUUCUUGUUGUUGUUUUUUUUUGUUCUCGUCUGCGCUUGCUUGCUUAACAACCGCUGGGUCGGGAUCAACACAUCACCAGGAAGCGUCAAGGCGCCAGAUGAUUAAAGAUCGAAUUAUCCUCGUGCUCUCUUGGUGCUGUUGUACCAUGGCCUGUCUAUCUCACCAAACAAACAUCCCCAGGUCCCAGAAUAUACAACAAUAAAAACCCCCCGCCAAACGGACGUUUCUGUUGUUUUGUGCCACGAAGGACACGACAUGGAAAAAGCACAGAUAUGCGUGUACUUAGCAAAACGUUUUAUCCGCCCGUUCCCGAUAGGAUAGAAGGAAAACAGGGCAACAUUUUAACUGAUCCCGCUGGAACGACACCACCCCCCGUCGGGUGUGCAUCCGGCAAAUGUUGUAAAUAAUUUGUAAAGAAAAAAACCAUGUAUUUGAAGACUGCUGUUUAAGUAAGAAAAACAAAAACAAACAAACAAAGCGAUGUUAAAUUGUCACUAAAACACGCAUCAAACACGCAAGGAUAUUGAGGGGUGGGUGUGCUCAAUUUAUUAACGGGCAUGGCAAGGCACCAAAACAGAAAAUCAAACACCGGAAUCAAUCAAUAUCAUUUUGUAACGCCCAUGUUAAUAGGCAAGACAAAUGAAGACAAAAGUUAGUAGGACAUGCACCGAAGACGCAACACAAGGAUCUCACACAAACCAUUUUGCACGCGUUAAGCGUCUCUUAAACUUCACUUUAAACAAACGUGCCGGAACGGAAAGCGGAAGAGAUGAGCACACCCGAUACCGACCGAUAGAGAGCGACGGAUCUAUACAAUACAUAUAUGAAUAUAUAUUUUGGAUUGAAUGUUUGAAGCACUGGCUUCGUUUAUUUACCGGAAGCCAUCCCAUGGGCCAUCAUGGGAAGCGCAUGAAAGGAGAUGGAUGGAUCGGGCUAGUUGGGGAGUUGAGAUAGAGCAGAUUCAAGAUCGAACGAUCGAUACAUUUAGCGAUGUGAAGCGACGUAUAUAUACAUAAAGAUAAACAAAGGCGGAAAAUUAUAUGGCAAACGCUGGAGUAAAGAGAUGCUAGCGAAGAAACAGAACAUCAGGAUGAGAAACAAAACAAAACAAAAAAAUCUAAUUACUGAGACAUGGCUGUGUUUAUUCCUCCUCACAAUUUGUUUUUAAGAUGCUAUAGAUACCAGCGAUGCGUAACGAAUGUUUAACGGGAACGUGAGUGAAAUUCGGGCUUAAAAUGUCUACAAAGUUCAAGGUGAGCUGAAGCGUUAACAGAAUAGAACAAGCAAAACAAAACAAAAAAGGUAGACAGAUGUGGAAAGCAGAACGAGUAAGGAAGAGUAUUUCGAACAGAUGAUAAGCAUAAUGUUGCAACAACAACAACCAUACUAAUAACACAACAAUGUUCGGUAGAAGUGAUCAUGGUUCACAAACGAAAAGCUGAAAAGCUACUACUGUAAACGCAAGAAACCCGAUAGACUGUUGAGAUGUUGGUAGGUGAUAACAUCGGCGAUAGGAGGAACACGACGCUCAUGGUUAAUGCAUAUGCUUUUAAACUAAAUAUUUGUCCAAAUGUUUAAUGACUGUGGCUCGUGACUUCCGGAAGUGUGGCGUCGAGAGAGGCUCUCCCGGGAGCGGACAAAACCCAUCAGCAGGUUGGGACGAGAUUUCAGAACCGUUGCAUAUAAAAAAAUGAAACAAAAAGAGAAGAUGCUACAUAUUUUACUUAACAAAUGCUGAAAUAAUGGCAAAGCUGGCCUGAUCCACGGCCGUACAACGAGAAGGGAAGGAUUUUGCUCUCUGCAUCAGGUGCAGGUGUGGCAAACUGUAUACUAGUGAACUGAAGUUCGACUAUUCGUUCGAUGAACGUGAAUGAUAUGCGUAAAAAUGGUCACCGCUGCAUGUUAGCCAGGAGAAGUUCCAGCAGCAAACACAGCAACAACAAACUUUCCAACAGCCAUGCCGAUAUGAAGCAAACAGAAAGGGAGGAAAAGAGAAACCACUACGUUAAUAAAACAGUAAUAAUAAUAGCAAAAAAGCGAAGAAAAAACAGAUACGAAAAAACCCACAAGAAAAUACAACAAUCAAAAGUAAUAACAAAACAAGUAAAAUCACAGUAAACACAGAACAACACAAUACGCAAGUGUGGAAACUAUUUCAACAGCAUAUAUAAAAGAUAAAGUCACUACAAGGGUAAAAGAAAACAAAAACAAACGACAUAAUUAACAUAAAAUAGUGUUUAAACAAAAACAAAAACAAGAAAAACAAACAAAAAAAUCCAUACAAUGAACUACUACCUAUACAUUAUACGAUUUAUCCAAAACAAAGCUCUUUCGCGCAACGAAUGCGUAAGAAUAAAUCGAUGUCUUGCCAAAUUUAGGGAACCGCAACAACUUUCUCCGUAUCCCUGUUCGGGGCGAGAAAGAAACACCUGAGACGUGAGAUGAGAUAGAUAGAGCGAGCUACCACUACUACUACUACUUCUACUACUACUAGUACUCACCUGCAACUCACAUCCGAGCGAUCAUAGCGACUGCUAAUAAUAGGAGGGAAAUGGAAUACCGUAUUCUUGUCACACUACGUCCAAUGGUUGUAUUUUUUGUUUGGCUUGUUCGCUGCAGAAUGCACAGAGGUUCAAGUAAAAUCAUAAUACAAUCACAAGGUUAUUGCCCUAAGAACCUUUUUACCAUGCUGUUUUGUUAGCUUAUGAUACAAUGUUGAUUAAUUGUUAGGAUUAAAUGUUAAUCUACACACCAACUCAGAUGCUCUCCAAUCGUUGUCCUUGAUUAGGAUUUUAGUAUCCAUUUUCCAUCCGUAUAGGCAAAGGGAAAGCAUAAAGGGAAGAAAAGAAGGAUUGGCUCCAUAUCGAUGAACUAUCUCGUGUUUUUUUUUGUUAAAUCACGACUAAUAAUGUGAAUACUGUAUCAAAACGGUUCUCUAAUGAUAUGUCCCCAUCCUGAGUUAAGAGGAUCGAUGAUUGGAUUUCCUAUGCUUUUCUUUCUUCUUGUUAAAACCGCAUGGGAAACCCAAAGCACGGUGUAACACCGCAACCAACCUGAACAAAACGGCUACGAACUUCAAUCUAAAUUACUGACUCAACACAAUCCAUGUUUUUCCUAUCGGUUGAUUGGCGUUGAACGAAUUAUACCCCGGUUCGUCCUACCAGCGUGUGCGAUAGGGCAACGCCACUAAGAACGGGUUCUUUUUCUUUUAAUAAAACACCCGAUUCUUCAUCCAAUACGGUGACGUGGUUAAUGGAACGACGACUGAUUUUAUCCUCCGGAUGUGAUUCACUUCCUUGUUUUACCUUGUUUUACUUCCGACAGAAUACGGUUUAGCUCGAGAAGGAGAACGACACAUGCUGGAUUCGUGGCAAGGGAACUGUCCGAGAUUGGGAAACGGUAAACCCAGCACCACCACAAGAUGAGACAGCGAGAUGAGACAAACACACAUUUUUGCAUUCCUUUGGUUUUUUAGUUUGUAACUUCCAUUACUACUAAUACUACUACAAGUCCACGAAACGGCACUAAUCAGCGGUGGGUUUUAGGUUUUUUUGUAUAAUGCAGACACACCUUCAAACUGCAACAGAAGUGACAUCAGAAGUGGAAAAUUGGUGCAGUGCGAGUUGAACACAACAAAUGGAACCAAUACACACACAAACAGAGAGAGAGAGAGAGAGAGAGAGAGAGAGAGAGAAACAUAAACAUUGCAUCGACAAAAUUUAAAUCAGUGGCAAAGGAAAUAGAAGGAAAUAUCGAGAUGGUAAAUAGAAAAUAUCUAUAAACGGAAGAUCAAACAAACUUGUAAAAGAAAGUCUCCAUACCAUCUGUCGGUUAGGAGCUUUUAUGAAGAAACUGAAACAAAACAACAAAAAAACACAUAAUAAUACCUUCUACUACAUUAAAUGAAUGUCGAUAAUCUAUACGAAAGUGAAAUACGUAUGACAAACAAACAUACAAAGCAACAAAAAAAAACAAAUAAUAAACAAAAAGCAGAGGCAAGGACAUUGAUCGUGUUAGAUUUUGUGUCAACGCGUUCGUUAUAUGAUGUGAAGAUAAAAACCUUACACACAAACAAAAAAAAACAAACAAACAAAAACAAAACAAACUAUAUUGCAAACAAAAUGCAAGCAAAAAAAGUACAUUCAAAACUGUGUGAAAAUGUGAAAAAAUACAUGAACUUGUGAAGUUAUUACAAACUAGAAAUAUAAUAUAUACAUAUAUAGCUAAGCAGUAGAUACCAUAAGAGUAAAGCAUCCGUAUUGCGAUUUAAGGGCACGCGUUUUCCUUUUUUUUUCUUACCCCUUGGCGCAAUGACGCGAUGGGGGGUGGCAGAAGAGUUUUGUCCGGUUUGGUGGAGGUACAAACGUUCCUCCAUGUUAUGCAGUUGGUUCGAGGACGAUUGUUAACAACAGUGUAUAUGUUUAAUGAGAGCGAAAGGAAGAGAGAGAAAGAGAGAAGAAGAGAAAGAGAGAAGAAGAGAAAGAGAGAUAAAACACAACAAAAAACCAUGGCAGCGAUGUAAAACGAAACGAAAAAGGAGUCAAUCUUACACCCUUUGAUGCAUUAAAGCGCUAAGUGAUCAAUGGUCAAACACUCAACAGAAGCCAACAAACAAUCGUGUAAGUGCACACAUGUGCAUCACACAGAGAGACACAGACACAUGUACACACAAACAUAGCAAUCGCGACAAAAGAGCGGAAAUGAAGGGUGGAAAGCUUUAGGGGUGGACACACAAGAGAUGGGAUGAUAUUCGCUCGUGAAGCUUGUAAAUUGUGAACGCGCGUGCUGUAAACGUAAUUAUUGAUGCAAUAUUGUAUCGUAUGUGUGCGUGUUUCAUUUCUCUACUGAUAGAGAUUGAGAUUUAGAGAGAGAGAGAGAAACAGAGAGAGAGAAAGAAAGAAAAUGUUCUUCGAAUGAGCAAGCGGAAGCGGAUGUGCAUCAUGCAAUGAAAAGCUUGCGCAAACAAGAAAGGUUUGUCGCUUUAAGUCUUUUGAUUUUAUCACCUAUGAAUUGCUUUUCUUUCUGAACAAUUAAACGCAAAAGACAUCUCACUUAGAUACCCCCACCUACCAUCCUACCCCCAUUGUUCCCUCUCUUCAGAAAAUCACCCCCUCUUAUCCCACGCAACCGCGCACCGAUGCACUUCCGCCGAUGCCACCGUGUCGGAUGGAGAGAAACACAACGUAACAGAACAGACGGCGAAGUUGGGAAUAGAAUCUUGACGAGCCAGACAAAAUGUAAAACAAUACAAGCAUUAUGGGAUUGGAUGGAAAGGGUGAACGAGUGAAUGGCGUAAGUGCGGCAGAUAGUACUGCGUAUCGUGCGAAGGGCGUAGAGAAGGAAGAACAUGAAGCAUGUGUCAUUAUAUUAAACAUAAUUUAAUUUACUAUUAUUACUAUUUGAAAUAGAGAAAUAAAGAUUAGUUUUUUUUCUGAAAAAUACCAAUAAAAACGAUAAACAAAACAAAACUGA